AUGGGGGAGCCCGCCCAGCGCCAGUCCUCGGGACUGGGAUCGGUUUGGAAACAUCUGUCUUGGGCACUGUUGACCGUGCAGUGCACGUCCUUUGUCUUGCUAUUGCAUUAUUCCAGAGUUAUGUCGCCGGCUGGCGGCAAGCGUUACCUAACGUCUACUACCGUUUUCUUCAAUGAGGUCGUAAAGCUCGCUAUCUCCCUGACCAUGGCGCUGUACGAGGUUUCGAAGACAGCCCCUCCUUCGGUUCCCGCGACGUCGCUUUUCUUCUCCCUCACAACUGCCAUAUUCUCCGGUGAUAGCUGGAAGCUUGCUAUUCCUGCCUGUCUCUAUACGCUUGCGAAUUCGCUGCAGUACAUCGCUCUGUCGAAUCUGCCGCCAGCCACCUUCCAGGCAUCGUACCAAUUGAAACUGAUUGUCGUGGCUAUAGCCAGCUUGGUACUGCUUAAGAGACCUGUCUCGCUCCGGAAAUUGGGGCUCAUGGUUCUUCUCUUGGCGGGAGUUGCUUUGGUGCAGAUGCCUAUUGGUAACACUGACGAUAUGACUCUCCAAGACGAGACUGCGCGUCUUGCAUUCCCCCGGUCUCUGGAAGAGUGGAAAGCGUCCAAGCUAGGACGCGAGAACCUCCAUAAGCGUUCUGCAACCUAUGAGGGGAUUGAGGAGGAUAUGAUGACCGCCAACCCUAGACUUAAUGCUACCGUCGGCCUCUUGGCCACAGUUGGCGCCUGCCUCGCCUCUGGCGUUGCAAGCGUUUACUUCGAGAAAGUGCUGAAGGAUAGUGCCAAGUCAACAUCGCUCUGGAUCCGUAACGUGCAGUUGUCCGUCUAUUCGAUAUUCCCGGCGCUUUUCAUCGGGGUUAUUUUCUUGGAUGGCGAGAAGGUUGCUGCCAAUGGCUUCUUCGAGGGCUACAACUGGAUUGUCUGGUCCACUGUUGUCGUUCAGGCUAUUGGUGGCAUUGCCACGUCCUUUUACAUUGGUUACGCAUUCAGGGAUGGCAAGAACAUGGCCAUGGCUGCGAGUAUUGUACUCACAACACUGGCUAGCGUUUGGCUAUUUGAGUUUGAACUCACUGCCAAUUAUCUCCUGGGAUCAUUCGCAGUAUUGGUGGUUACCUGCCUUUGCGAGGAUGCAAGUUCUGCAUCUGCCCAGGCUAAGCGCCAAACCUUCCGUCCGCCUCCGAUCCGCGUGGAUCGCUACGAGAAGGAAAGCAAGAGUGGGGAUGCUUCACCAGCUUCCCCAUCGCCUAAUGAGAUCUCCAUAAAGCUUCCUGGAACCCCCUUCCUCUCUACUGAUGGGCUUUCGACGUCCAGGCCUACAUCCCCGGGCCACGUACGCGCUGGCCGCACCCCAAGCGGUGGAUAUUUCGAAAAGCACUCACGAGACCACUGA